GCGCGGGGCUACGCCAUGAGCGGGCCCUGCCCGGCGCUGCGCAGGGCCUGCCCGCUGCUCUGCCUCGGCGCCGCCGCGCUCCUGCUGCUGCUGCUGCCGCGGGGGCGCCCGCCGCCCCCCCCCGCCGCCGCCCCGCCGCCCCACGGCCCCGCCGCGCCCUGCCCGGCCCCGCCGAACCGACCCGGCGGCGCUGCGGGGGCGGCGCGGAGCGGGGGCGCAGCCGGGGAGGGCCUGGAGCUGAAAGAUAUCUUCAUCGCGGUGAAGACCACGCGGAAGCAUCACCGGAGCCGGCUGGACCUGCUCCUGCAAACCUGGAUCUCCCGGGCGCGGGGGCAGACAUUCAUAUUCACAGACUGGGAGGACCGGGAGCUACGCCUGAAAGCAGGAGACCAUAUGAUCAACACCAACUGUUCUGCUGUCCAUACCCGGCAAGCUCUCUGCUGCAAGAUGUCUGUAGAAUAUGAUAAAUUCCUGGAAUCUGGGCAAAAAUGGUUUUGCCAUGUGGAUGAUGACAACUACGUGAACCCUCGGACUCUCCUGCGUCUCUUGUCUGCCUUCUCACACAGCCAGGAUGUCUACGUGGGGCGACCGAGUCUGGACCAUCCCAUCGAAGCAGCCGACCACGUCCAAAGCGAUGGAUCAAAGACAACCGUGAAAUUCUGGUUUGCCACAGGUGGAGCAGGGUUCUGUAUCAGCAGAGGUCUUGCCCUGAAGAUGAGUCCCUGGGCCAGCCUGGGUAAUUUCAUCAGUACUGCGGAAAGAGUGCGUCUUCCUGACGACUGCACUAUUGGCUACAUCAUUGAAGGGCUGCUGGAGGUAAAGCUGCUGCACAGCCCCUUGUUCCAUUCACACCUGGAAAAUCUGCAGAGGCUUCAAGGCGAUUCUGUGCUGCAGCAGGUAACCCUAAGUUAUGGGGACCCUGAGAACAAGCACAAUGUCGUGAAUGUGGGAGGAGUGUUUGGCCUUCAGCAAGAUCCAACACGGUUUAAAUCUGUCCAUUGUCUGCUCUAUCCUGACACUGUUUGGUGCCCGGCUAAGAAGGUGGUGUAAAUCUUGACCAGCCAUUGACACCUAUACCUGAGUGAGUUUGUGUAAGACAGGAGUUGUGGUGGACUUUUGGGUUUUUCUUCCUUCUGGGAGACAACCAGAGGUAUCUACAAAGGAAGCAGACAGACUCUUAUUUACAAAGCAAGAAGGUGUGGUUUGUUUGGCUGCAGCCUGGGACAUUCCAAGAAGAUUCCUUGUUCUUUUGUCCAGCAGCUCUUCGUACAACGACUACAGUCAAAUGUGUACAAGUCACUUUACACUUUUGUCUGGUGUCACGGGAAUCUGUGCUUGGACACGUCCUGGGCAAACGCAGUGCUCGGAAUGACAGCGUUCUUAGCACUGCCAGGGGCUUUUGGAGGCCAUUGUUGGGAAGCUGGAGUGCUACAGCAGAACUGUAGUCCCCAUGGUGACAAGAGAGGGGAAGUUUUCACUCGUCUUUCUUGGGAACAGAAUUAUUUAAGAGCUGCUGUGGCUGCCAAAUUAAAAUCCCACCUGUGGGCUGGAACGAGGUCUGUUGGUAAACACCAGAAACCCUGGAAUCAUUAGAGCAAACAAAGCUGGGAGCCUUUGUCGUGGGAACACCCUGUGUAAGGGUAAGCUUACUCAGGACUGGACAAGAGCUGCUUACUGCGCACGUUCUCCCCGCAGUUCCUUGUACCUCCCAUGGAGGUGAUUGUCAGACUGGGCACUCUCACCAGCUGAAUCGCAAUGGUUGAUUACGGUGAUGGUCUGCCAGGCCCGAAUAUUCCUUUGAUAUUUGAUACUGAAGAAGUAUUUGCCAGACUAGAUGGCAAUUGUUUCUCCUGCGUUGCCCGCAGCAGGCUGUAUGAGCUAGAGUGUGCCCACUGGCUGAGGAAACAUGCCCUGUUUCUGAGGCUGGGCUGUAUCUAUCCUGUCUGUGAGGGAGGAGGAAUUCUCGAUAGCUGCAGUACCCCAAAGAGAUUGGUGAUGGGUGUCGUUUGAGGACCUUUAAUUGUAUGACUGUGGUUACUCCACUGCAGCUUCUUCAGAUAAUUGUUUGAUUACCUUAAGGUCUAGAUCAAUGUUAAUAUUUACUCUGCUACUUAAAGUUUCAGUAAAUAGUUCAUGCAACCACUAAGAGGAAACUGCACGCUCGCGCAAAGGCAGAAGAUCAGUGCUACAGCAGUAUCGCCUGCUGCCGCUUCUUAAAUAGUUUGGGUUUGAAAGUGGAGGAAAUGGGGCUCCGUAUAUUUACUUCUCUAUUAGCCCAAACUUUGGCCAUGUGCAGUCCCUACUGGACAGGAAGAACAGCAGAAAAAAAAUGACUUUGCAAAACCACUUUUUGCCCUCACAAACUCCUCAGAAAAUACUUGCUGGUUUAAUGCUAGAGUCUGAAUUAUGGGGAGAAUAAUAGAAUGACAUUGUAUAAGCUGGAACUGAUGAACGGCUAGAAUGUGGACCUAGCAAAAGCUUCACAUUUCUAAACAGCUCUGCCAAGCUGUACUGUGGACUUCAGCUAUUUGCAAAUUAUUAGCGUAUUCAAGUGUGAAACUUAGCAGAGGUGUCAGCCUCGUGAAACACAUAAUUCCCUGCAUUCCAUUUUUAACAUAAACUGUUCAGCCUUUACCUGGCUACGCAACCCUCUGCAUCAUUUUACUUAGUUCCACUGAAGAGCAAAGAAGCCAACUGCUGCUUGCUACAGUCGUGCAGCUCAUUCUUAAGUUUCUCCUUCCCUUCAUGUCUGCUAAGGUGAUGAUGAGGGAUGGGAAUAAGGAAGCUGCAGAGAAUGGGACCAAGUCCAGCUGGCGCAGUGGCCGUCUGGGUAGGCCUCUAGCAUGGACAGUCUUUUAGAGAGCAGAGGAGGACGUGGGGAACAGUCGGUUGUGUGUGUUCUACCUCUUCAUUAGGUUUCUGCUCACUAGAACUCAGUCCUGUGGUUUAAUGAUUUGUCAGUAAUAGCCCUGGGGAUUCCCGGUAUCUACAUAAACACUUGUUAGGUUCUUGUUUUCAACCUCCUGUAGCAAAAAGCCAUGAAACUUCAUGAGCUCUUGAUAAGAUUUUUGUCUUCAAAUACUCUGAUUCUGAACUCUUCCAUUGGAGCUUUUCUUCCUUUUCCACUGGAAGCAGCCUCUUGUAAGGUAUCACAGACAAUGGGGACCAGGAGUGGUUACGUGGCCAACUGUGGUUCAAAUGUGACACAACUUCACACGGGUGCAGCAGAACUGUGCAGUGGCAGUUUGUCACUGGUCACCCUGAGACUGUUUGCCAGGGGCAGCACGGUCGGGGCUGUGGGAGUGAGGGAAGCUGGGAGUGGCCCACCUUCUCCUGCUUGGAGCUCAGGCUGCUCCAGGCAUGGACGCUGCUUGUAAGGUUUCUUGUGCUGACAAUGCGGUAGGCUCUGUGGACUUAUGGGAUGCAGCUUUUUAAUCAAACUACUGUCUCAUACAUAAAGUGAUUCUGCAAAAUAAAUAUUUAAAUAUGCCAAAGGCUGUGUUUUG